AUUUUAUUCCUUAUGCUGUUUACUUGCACUACUGAUUUUUUUUAAUAUACUUUGGAUUAAAUUGUUUUUAUGUUAUUACCUUUCCUGUUUGAUGAUCAAGCUCAGCUUUCCGUUGCAUCCCUUAGACACAAUUGAUGGCGUGGCCUGCUAUUGUAACUAUAUGCUACUUAGAGCAAUGUGACACCUGUAGCUCAGGUAACAGGCGCUGUGGAAACGGUGGUUCCACUCUCUGAUUCUACCACCCGAGGAGCAGAGCAUGGCGUCUCCAAACACGAGGCGUUUCAACUCAACCCCAUCACCCAGGAUCCUGGAGCUCGCUCGACCCCGAGAAUCUAAAACAGUUUGGCUAACAACACCAGUAAAAGUGACUUGGGGAAACCAGGAGACAAUAUGGCCACCAUUCAGGACUUCCUUAAAAGCCAGAAAUAUGUCAAGGAUUUUGGCUCUGUCUCAACCCAAAAAAGAUUUCUCUGCCCUCCAUCAAGACCUGCUUAGAAAAGAUCACAAAGAAGCCGCGAAGAUCAGGAGCACGUGUCUUCCCGCCACAUCACAGUAUGAGCAGGUCUCGCGCUUGGCAACGCCCAAUUUUCGUCACAGGUGCCCUCAGGUACUGAGUCUCCCUCACACAAAGCGAUGUGAGCACAGCAUCAGCUCUGCAGUGAAGAAUGCAGUAGCCUCUCCUCGCAUACUUCAGCUUGCUCAGCCCAGACACGAACAUCCUGAGUACCAGAGCAACCGCCAGAGUAUAGAAACAUGCGGCUCGCGUGCAGCUAAUUCAUCUCAGGUGAGUCUGAGACUCGAGCAGCUGUGUGCGCCCAAACUGCGAGAAAGCAAACUCUUCUACCAGUAUGGCUGUCCUGAGAGCCCCAUAAGGCCCGUGUCUAAAGCAGCAAGAAAAGCCACAGCAAGUGCUCGUGUGAAAGAGCUGUCCAUCCCCAAGAGCUAUACCCCUCCCUGAAAAAAAAAAGAAAUAAAGAGACCAAGUCGGCAUUACUGUCAUGGUUAAAGAAACAGAGAGAGAAAACAAGAGUAACUUAAGGACUGAUUAAAUCUCACACUAAAAAAAUGAGUUUCUGUGUUGCUUUUCUUUUCUUUCUCUUUUUAUGCAAGCCUUGGACUUUACUUUGGAGCAUUUUAUUCUGAAAUGUUAGAAAAGUUCUGUUAUUUUAAGCAAAAUGCCAGAAUGUUAAUCUUCAGCCAGCCAACAGGAGAACUUUUCUCAUCCGAUCAGUGUGCAUUGUGUGUGUUUUUCCCAUCAGUUAUUCAAACAGCUUUAGUUUCGAUUAGUGUGUGUGUGUGUGGGGGGGGGGGGUUUACAACUCAAACACAGACCUUCUGUAAUAGUAUUACAGAGAAGACUGUGUUCAAAAAUGAUCUCACAGAAAGCCUCAAAUAAGCAAUUUACUUUUUGAAAAUUUGUUUAUGUGGAAUAUCUACUACAAACAUACUGUCUAAAAUUGUAGAAAAUUAAUCAGCAGCUUUUGACCAAUCAGAAUCAGACAGAAUCCUUUAGCCUUUAAGGACUUUUUUAAGUCUCCUACAAUUUAUUAUGGAUUAUUUUGUGAACUACUAAGAUAUGGUUAUUUGUUUGUUUUUGUGGUUUGCUGUUUUCUCUUUCACUUCAUGUUCUUACAUAAAAUACUUCUGAUUAGCCUAUAU